AUGUCUCGUAGGAGAAGUAAGCGGUCAAACUACUAUGGAGACGAUGAUGAUGAGUUUGAUCCCUCAUAUUAUUCACCUCCAAAGUCAAAGCGCCAUUCCAAACACGUAAUUUCUUACGAAGAGUCGAAUUCCAGUGAUUCUUUGUCUGAAAGCGAUUUCAUUGACGGAUCAACAACAGAUGACGACGAAAUUACAGAGGAAGAAGAGACAAAAGAGCUAAUUCCUCAGACAAUAUUAGGCAAGAAAAACUUACCUGAAACAGAAGAAACGCAAUACUAUGUCAAGUUCCAAGGCUUAUCAUACAUACACUGCAAAUACUUGACCAGUCUUGACCUAUCUGUCUCAAUUCCAGGCAAAAAUGCUUUAUCAAGGUUUAAUCAGCGUUUACAGCGAAUGGAUCUCGUCAAGAGUGAUGGUGUAUCCGAUCUACUUGCCUUUGAAGACAAAGAUCCACAAGCAGACUAUUUUUUAGUCGAUAGAAUCAUCGGAGAAAGGACAACCUCAAAAGGAGCCUCAUUAGUACGUGUCAAAUGGCAAUCACUAGGCUACGACGAGUCCACGUGGGAGAAAAUCGAAGACGUACAGUGUGAUAAAGAAAUUGCAGAAUAUCAUGAGCGAAUCAACAAAUCGAAUCACUCCAAAAUACCUUCCAGAUGGAAGCGCCCACCUAAUACCAACUACAAAGAGUACAAAACAUAUCCAGAAUCCAAAGAUAAAUUUUCAUUACGUGAUUACCAAGUUAUCGGCGUGAAUUGGCUCAGAUUUUGUUACUACAACAAGCGGAAUUCGAUUCUUGGCGAUGAAAUGGGCCUUGGAAAGACCGCACAGAUUGUAUCAACACUUAAUAUUCUUUCCAAAGACGAAAACAUCAAUGGACCAUUCCUUAUCAUUGCUCCUCUCUCAACAUUACCUCAUUGGCAGUCAGAAUUCAAGAAAUGGUCAAAUCUGAAUUCGAUUAUUUACCAUGGCUCUCCAGAAUCACUCCAAAUCAUCAAUGAUACAGAGAUCAGAGUGAAAGACGACAAAGGAAAGUCUCUAAAGGGUUUCGUUGGUUUCGAUGUUUUAAUCACAAAUUAUGACACAGUUGUAAACCAAAGUAAAGAACUCCAGGAAAUUGAUUGGCAGUAUUUGGUUGUUGAUGAAGGUCAUCGUUUAAAAAAUCGAAAUUCUUUACUUUACAAAACUUUACAACUAUUCAAUUUUGUACAUUGCACGUUAUUGACAGGUACACCGAUACAGAACAAUGUUGAUGAGUUGUACAGUUUGUUGUCGUUCAUUGACAAAGAGAAUUUUAAUUCCAGUGAAGAAUUCGAUGAAAAAUUUGGAAACAUGACAAAUUCUGAACAAGUUGAUGAAUUAAAGAAAUUAAUUAAGCCGUAUAUAUUAAGAAGACAUAAAAGUGAUGUUGAUAAUUCUAUUCUUCCUAAGACAGAAACAAUAAUUGAUGUAGAAUUAACAAGACAACAAAAGAAAAUUUACAAAGCUUUGAUUUCUGAAAAUAGAGAAGUUUUGAUGAAAAAAUUGACAAAAAAUUCUAUCCCAAGUUUGAAUUCUCUUGCAACAGAACUAAGGAAAGUAUGUAAUCACCCUUAUCUAAUCAAAGGUGCCGAAGAUUCUAUUUUGGAGGAAUUUCAAAAUAAAUUUGACAAAAAUUCAAUAAAAAGUGACAAAAAUCUGACAAAAAGUGAUAUUGAAAUUGAAGCCAUGAUUAAUUGCAGUGGAAAAUUGAUAUUGAUUGAUAAGUUAUUGCCGAAAUUGAAGCAGAAAAACGAGAAAGUGUUAAUCUUCUCACAAUGGACACAUAUCUUAGAUAUUCUUGAAGAUUAUUUAAGAUAUAUAUCGUUUAAUUACGAAAGAUUGGAUGGAUCUGUCAAACCGUCUGAUCGUCAAACCGCCAUUGACAGAUUCAAAGACAAUGCGAAUAGUUUUGUUUUCUUGAUCUCUACAAAAGCAGGAGGUGUUGGAAUUAAUUUAACAACAGCGAGUACUGUUAUUUUGUUUGAUUCUGAUUGGAAUCCACAGAAUGAUUUGCAAGCUGAAGCGAGAUGCCACAGAAUUGGCCAGACAAAGGAAGUGAAAGUUUAUAGAUUGGUUACAAGAAAUACUUAUGAAUCUAAAAUGGUCGAAGUGUCUUGUAAAAAGAUGUUUUUGGAACACGUAAUUUUCGAUGGUUUGAAUUCGAAUUCUGACAAAUUGUCUGCAAAAGAAAUUGAAGAAAUGCUGAGAACAGGAAUCAAUGACAUAUUUGGAAGUGAUGACAAAGAAGUUGAUAAAUUCUGCGAAUCAGAUAUCGACCAAAUUCUUUCUAGACCUUCAAAAAUCCAAAACAAACUAAAUUUGACUUCUGAUUCUGUUUUUUCCAAAGCAACAUUCGAAGUUGAUGACAAUGGACCUAAAAUGGAUGCUGCCGAUUUCUGGCAGAAAGUUUUGCCGCAUGAUGAAUCAGAAAAAGUAAUUUCACAGUCAGAUUACGAUAGACAUUGUAAAUUUAUGUCAAAUGACACAAAAAUUAACGAUUUGACACUUAAUUCUGCCGUUGAUUCAAUUAUUGACAGGGGCUUUCAAGGUAAAGAAGGGGAAUUCCAAGUAUUGAGUCGUGCAGCUAGUUGUUACAAGUCAUUUACUGAUAGUGACAAAGAAUUAGUUUGCGAGAUCAUUGGAGAAAUCCCAGAAGAAGAGAUUUACGGAUUAAAUCCUGCUGAUGCGAGAAUUACCAGAAAACAUGAAUUGAUCGUCGAAGGAUUUCUGUUCUUCAGAAAAUUGAAUAUGGCAUUGAAUUUCAUUCAAGACAAAAAUGACUGGCCAAUAAUUAUUCCUUCCAUUGGAGAACCUGAAGAAGAGUAUUCCAUAAUGCUUUGUCUCGCAAGAAACGGAUGGAAUAACUUGCAAAAAGCAAUAAAUGAUGAAAUAUAUUUGGUAAAAAAGAAAAAUUUGCCAAAAAGAAGUGAUUUGAAACCGAAAAUUCUCAAAAUUUGUGAGAAAAUCGGUUAUAGUAAUAAAGACAUCGAAUACUUAGAACCAAAAGAAUGGCUAGAGAAGAAUUUCACGCAGCAAAUCAUGGAUCAAAGGAGAUUUAAAGUUAUUUUCGAUUCUUUGUUGAUGUAUGGAAUUUCAAAGACAGAAAAUGAAUUGGAUCUCAAAAGUUUUUGUGAAAAAAUUGGAAUUGAAUAUGACGAAACGAACAAAAAUCUGACAGAAGAAAUAUAUGAUAAAAUAGAGAAGAAAGACGAAUCUCUUAAAUCUGUCACAUCAAAUAUCGAUGAAAGUAAAGAAAUCAUUGAUAAUUUCACAAAAAUACAUGAAACAAAUGCAAAAAUAAUCAACAGAGAAGGAUAUUUCUCUCAAAACAAUACAUUACCUGACUGGUGGAACUCAAAUCACUCAAAAUGUUUCAUUUCUGGAAUGUCAAAAUUUGGAAUAACGAGAUUGUCACUUUUCUUAAUUGAUGCAUCAUCUCCUUUUUUGGGAAUUAUUCCGUCAAAGAUCAUAAAAUCUUUGCAAAAUGAUGCAAAAAUGGAAGAUGAAUUAUGUCAUGUUGUCAAACCGUCCAAACCAUCGCCUUUAUCGUUUUUGUAUGAUAUGGACGAUAAAAGUCGUAUUUCUUUUGCCAGUAAAAUUUGUGACACUUUUUGUAUCGGCGAAAAUCCGAAAAGUGACGAUAAUUAUCCAAGUUGUCCAUUUUCUGCAGGAGAUUCAUUGACAAUUGAGAAUUUCGGACAGAUAUAUGAUGGAGAGGGAUACAGUGGAAGAUUGACACCUUAUCCUGUUGGAUUUCGCAGCGAAAGGAAGUUCAGAGUCACAGGAAGCAAAAGAUGUUCUCAGAACUUCAGAAGUGAAAUCACUGAAGGUCCGAUAUUUGUUGUUACUUUGUUAGGAAAGAAUGGAGAAAAAGUCCUUUCAAGAGGAGUUUCUCCAAGUGAUGCAUGGAGUAAGGCAAUCGACAAAAUCUGCAGAUCUGAGGGAAUUGAUCCGAGAAAAACAAAAUUCUCUGGAUCUCAACUCUUCGGACUUACUGUUCCUUGCGUCUACAAAGUUAUCAAGAGCAUGGAAUCUGAUCUGAAAUCAGCAAAGAUGUCCAAAGAAAACUCAAUUAACUUUUGA